AUGUGGGAAAUUUUAAGUACCCAAUUAAAUGGUGUAUCUGGGACCAAAAAAAGUAGCCAAAAAUGGCAAAGAGUAUGGAUUGACUUGAAAAAUAAAGUAAAAAAGAAGGCCGGUGUUAUAAAAAAUAGCAAGGCACAGACAGGAGGAGGUCCUCCUUUUAAAGAGAUGUUGACUGAUCUAGAAGAAAGGAUUAUAAGGAUAAUUUGGGACGCUGCAAUAAUUGGGUUAAGCAGUUCAAGGGAUGAUCCUUUGGACAAUGAGGAUGUAAAUCAACCCUCAGAGGCACUUGACAUAGAUUAUGAUGAUCACGAAGCAUCAAGCAGCAUCAUCACUGCUGGUAUAUCAGAUAGUGAACCAGAUACACCAGAAAACCCAAGAAAGCGUAGGCUGUUAAGUGCUGGAAGUUCAUGUAGCUACAAUGAGGUUUUCCCUAAAUCUACUAAAAGUAGGACAGUUCAACCAGCAACAUCUGCAGCACAAGCAGCAACUAGGUUUGCUAAAAUUGGUGAAGUGUUGAACCAGAGAAUGGAGUCGAUCGAUAACAAACUGGAACAACUGAUCGAAGAAAAAAACAAACUAACUCCAUUUUAA